CUUUCUUCUCAAAGGGUCUCGCUCAAGAAUCUUCCCUAUCUCCCAAGGAGUUCGUCAGGGUGCUAUCCUGUCUCCGCUUCUCUACUCAGUUUUUGUUGAUGAUCUGCUUGCCCAACUACAUGACUGUGGCCUAGGUGCAAUGGUUGGCUCGGUCCACUGUCCCUCCCCAAUGUAUGCAGACGAUCUUGCUCUCAUUGCGGACUCACCAGAAGGGUUACAGAAGCUUCUUAAUAUCGUCUCUCAUUAUACGAGUACAUGGCGCUAUGAAAUUAACUCCUCCAAGUCGGCAGUCAUGGUAUUUGGUGAAUCAACAAGAUCACGUACCUCUGGACGCCAGUCCCGUUCCUUCUCUGUUUGUUCGGAAAUUAUCCAGGAGGUAGAUAGUUACAAACACCUUGGUGUCCUUCGCUUAGUGUCUUCUUCUGGCUCCCUCAGAAUCUCGGGACGCUGCUCUGCGGGUAGGAGUGCCUUCUUUGCCCUGAAUUCUGUGGGCGCGAGGUUCGGCUGCCUCCACCCAAUCACCUCUCACAAGCUUUAUUCCUCACUCUGCCUUCCAAUUAUGCUCUAUGGAUCAGAACUCUGGUCCCUAACAAAGAGCGAUCUCAACAUGUUGGAGAGAACUCACAGGAAACUACUUCGCACAAUUCAAGGCCUGCCUACAAGAUGUCCGUCACUCGCCCUCACCAGCCUUAUUGGCUCGUUGGAGAUCUCGGCAUUGGUGGACUGCAGACAGCUCUGUUUUAUUAACUCUAUCGGAUGCAUGUCUUCAGAAGAUCUCCCGAAAAAGAUUAUGGUAGAAAGACUUCUCGCCGACUCUCCAUCAGGUCUCUUAAAAACAUGGUCCACACUAGUCUUAUCUCGUUGCUACCCUUCACUCUCGUCUAUGAUCUCAAACGGGAAAAACAAAGGGUCUUUUAAGACUGCUGCAAAGAAAUCUGCAUUAGUCACACAAUACGUCAAGAUGACGGACACAUGCACAAAUCUCCCUAUCUCAUCCCUCCCCGCCCUUCUAGGUCGCCCUUCGAUGCUAUGGUCAUGCUGUCAGCUGGAUCGUUCUAUGCAUGGCCCCUCAAAUUUCAGAAUCAGGCUCCUAGUGGGCUGUGACGGGCUCGAGCUGGAUGCGUCCAGGUUUAGAUAUCGCAACAGAGGAAAUAUCUCUCCCGGUGAUGGAUCGUGCAAACUAUGCAACACUGAAGAAGAAUCACCUUCACACUUUUUAGUAAGUUGCCCUGCUCUCUCAAUGCGCAGACUUGCUCUCCUGCAGGAUGCCCCAUCCUGCAUCAGUGUUCACCUCCCCCACGACCCAAGGGCACUACAUGACACCCUCUACAAUCUCCUGCAAGGCCUUGUCUGGCUGAAAGCUGCCCAUGCGCAAGAGUGGCUCUUGCUCUUCAUCAAAGAUCUAAGGCAAACCCGCGCUGAUCUCCUUCUCACAAGCACAUUGGUUUAAAGCUCCACCCUCUUACUGCGUGUUAUAAUAAUACCCAUUUUCAAUAUUCUUUUUCGUCUGCCCAAUGGGCUACUCUUCAUUAUUUGGAGGCUACAAAGAAGAAGAAGAAGA